ACAAAACAAAAAGACUAUUUCAAACCCUUCUUGGUUGUGGCUGGACCAAACCCACAACAAUACAUUGCUUAAAGACUCGCAAAUUUUUAUUUACAAAUUAUUGUGUUUUCCGAUUUGCAUGGAGUGGCUGCGUCUGUUGUUGUUGCUAUCAGCGUUAGCAAUAACAAAUCAUGUGUCGUGUUCAUGGGGUUUGGAGGCUGGUCCGAGUUGGGAGCUGAGUCAACUGAAUCGGGGGCUGCUGGACUCGGCCAGGCAGCCCGAGUUCUUUGAUUGGUUGAAAAGGGUUAGGAGGAGGAUCCACGAAAAUCCAGAGCUGGCCUUCGAGGAGCACGAGACGAGUCAACUCAUUAGAUCGGAACUCGACUCGCUCGGGAUCCAGUACACGUGGCCGGUGGCCAAGACUGGGUUGGUGGCUUCUAUUGGUUCUGGGUCGCAGCCAUGGUUCGCUCUGAGGGCUGACAUGGAUGCUCUCCCAAUUCAGGAAUUGGUUGAGUGGGAGCACAAGAGCAAGAACCCUGGAAAGAUGCAUGCUUGUGGGCAUGAUGCUCAUGUAACAAUGCUGCUUGGAGCAGCUAAGUUACUUCAGAGCAAAAGCAAAGAAAUAAAGGGCACAAUCAAGCUUGUUUUUCAACCUGCAGAAGAGGGUCAUGGAGGGGCUUACCAUAUGAUAAAAGAGGGUGCUCUUGAUAACAUUCAAGGCAUUUUUGGGUUACAUAUUCAACCUCUAAUGCCCGUUGGUACUAUUGGUUCCAGGCCAGGUCCAAUUCUUGCAGGCUCUGGUAGAUUUACAGUCACAAUUCAUGGGAAAGGCGGGCAUGCUGCGUUUCCCCAUUUGGCCACAGAUCCAAUUCUUGCUGCCUGCUCGGCCGUCAUUGCCCUUCAACAGCUUAUUUCUAGAGAAACAGACCCUCUAGAGGCCAGGGUGGUCACUGUUGGGAUGGUUGAGGGUGGCCAAGCAGGAAAUGUGAUCCCAGAGACAGUGAGACUUGGAGGCACUUUUCGAAGCAUGUCUUCAGAAGGUCUAUACUACCUUCAGCAAAGGAUUCAAGAGGUCAUAGAGAUGCAAGCUUCGGUGCACCGGUGCAUGGCAACGGUAGACUUCAUGCUGGAAAAAAUGAGGCCCUAUCCAGCCACAGUUAACGAUGAAGCAAUGUACAAACAUGCAAAGAAUGUUGGAGAAACUUUGCUUGGGGAACCAAAUGUGAAGCUUCUCCCAAUGUCUAUGGGAGCAGAGGACUUCAGCUUUUACACAGAAAAAAUGGCAGCUGCAUUCUUCAUGAUUGGGACAAAGAACGAGACUUUGGACCCAAAAAGACUUUGGCAUUCACCCUAUUUGGUAAUUGAUGAGGAGGUUCUUCCAAUAGGAGCUGCCCUUCAUGCUGCUGUUGCAAUUUCUUACUUGGAUAAUAUUGAUGCUGCUGUAACUCAUAAUCUAUUUCUGUGAAUAACUCAUAAAUAAUUGAAGUGGAGUUUCUUUUAAAAGUCAAUUAAUUGAAUUAGAGUUGGAGAAGCAAA